AUGAAGCAGCUUCCCCCUCUUCUGCUAACAGUCUUUUACUAUAACACACCCUCUCUCUCUCUACAAAUAAUCCCACUCAACAGGAUUCCUCAAGUGUACAAACUUCGUUGCAACAAUCAAACUUGAAAACCUCUCUCUCUCUCUCUCAACACUCCUCACUCCUUCCAACACAAUCUUUGUUUCUCUCUCCCCCCAAACAACUCCAUCAUCACACACUUCUUGGAAUUGCAGAAAACCAGCACUGCCUACAUGGCAGAUAUAACAAAGUAUGCGCCCAUCAAUGGCGCCACUUUGUUCUCACAACUCAAAGCCCACCUCAGAACAAGACCAACUGUGACUCUCGCCUAUGCCUUUGUUUUUCUUUUCAUCGCCUUCACCAUUUUUCUUGCCUUCACCCCUUCUUCUAACUCUUCUUCUCCAUGGUUCACUAACAUUUUUUCCCUCUCCACUACCACUACUUCUCAAGGUUCUUCUCCUUCUUCUUCAAUUUUCUCAGAUGACUCUUAUAGAUCUCAUUUUUCUUCUAUUUAUAAUUAUUUCUUCCCAAACUCACCCUCACAAUCCUACAAUUCUUCACCAACCAGCAAUGCUGGAUCUCAAAACACCUCUUCUUUGCCACCCAAUUUGAAUAACCAGCCUCCUGUUGAGGGAAACCAGACUUCCGAUGAAGCUAUACCUCACAAAGUUGAAGUCUUGAAGCCGAAUAAUGCUACUCUUUUGACACAGACGCCUUCUGUAAAUCAGACUGUGAAUAACAAUACUACAAGCUCACCAACACCCUCUUCUGAGUUGAGCAAAGGGUCAGCAGAUGUCAAGAAUCAGACCACAAUUGGGGUCACAAGCUCUCCAGGGACCGCCAAUAAGACUGUGAAUUCAUCUCCCAACUCUACCUCUGGAGAGAAAAAUGUUUCUGGAAACGGACAAGUGGGAAUAGCUGAGAAGGGUAUGGUCAAGAAUUUAACUUCUUCUCUGAUGAAGAAACAAAAUAACGGGACGAAUGAUUCUGCCGGGAAACAAGGAAUUGCUGAUCUAAUAAAGUCCCUGAUGAAUUGUGAUCUGUUUGACGGGAAUUGGGUGAAGGAUGACUCUUAUCCGCUGUAUAAUCCUGGUUCUUGUUCUCUGAUUGAUGAACAAUUCAACUGUUUCCUCAAUGGUAGGCCUGAUAAUGGUUACCACAAACUCAAAUGGAAGCCAAAGGGUUGCACUCUCCCAAGGUUGGAUGGAAGUCAUAUGUUGGAAUUGUUGAGAGGAAAGCGACUAGUUUUCGUUGGCGAUUCUCUCAACAGAAACAUGUGGGAGUCUCUGAUUUGCAUCCUGAGGAACUCUGUGAAAGAUCAGAACAAAGUUUAUGAAGAAUUCGGCAGGCACCAUUUCCGGGCAGAAGCUUCUUAUUCCUUUGUCUUUGAAGAAUAUAAAUGCACAGUGGAGUUUUUCGUAGCUCCUUUCCUCGUUCAAGAAUGGGAAGUUGCAGGGAAAAAUGGUACUACAAAGGAAACACUUCGACUCGAUCUGAUCAGCAGGUCUGCCGAUAAAUACAAAAAUGCAGACAUCAUCGUGUUCAAUACGGGACACUGGUGGACUCAUGAGAAGACUUCCACAGGGAAGGACUAUUAUCAAGAGGGCAGCCAUAUCUACAAGGAUUUAAAUGUUCUCGAGGCUUUUCGGAAAGCUUUGACGACGUGGGGAAGGUGGAUUGAUGCCAACAUCAAUCCCAUGAAGUCUCUUGUGUUCUUCAGAGGCUAUUCAGCAUCUCAUUUCAGUGGAGGGCAGUGGAAUUCUGGGGGGCAAUGUGACAACGAAACGGAGCCAAUAAAGAAUGAGACGUAUCUCACACCGUACCCCCAAAAGAUGACUGUUUUGGAGAAAGUACUGAGAGGAAUGAAAACUCAUGUAACUUAUCUCAACGUGACGAGGAUGACAGAUUAUCGUAAGGACGGCCAUCCAUCGAUAUACCGCAAACAACAUUUAUCCGACGAGGAGAGGAGAUCGCCCUUGAGUUUCCAAGACUGCAGCCAUUGGUGCCUCCCUGGAGUUCCCGAUGCUUGGAACGAGAUACUUUAUGCAGAACUCUUGGUGAAACUGAACCAAAAAAGGCCGUAAGUAAUAUGUUCCCGUGAUCACUGCCACCCAAUGUUGAAUCACACGAUACUAUUACGUGUGAUCUAACGGUUGAUAAUCUCUCGACCAUUCAAGAAACUCAAGUAAAUACUCACACAUGAGGACACUGUGUUGAUGAAACAGUGCCUAAGCCUAAAACAUGUGCCAUACACCUUUUUUCUUCUCUCUUUUUUAUUUUAUUUUUUUUUCAGUUGAGAGUACAGACAUAUAGAAGCAAGCUGGAGAAAUCAAAGAAACAGUGUUCGAUUAUAUAUAGAUGAUGGGAUAGGAAUAGAGGAUUAGUGAAGAGAUUUGUACUUUAAUAUGUUUUACAUGAGCGAAAAAUGCGGAGGAGGAGAGAUUUAAAGGCAUAUUCUAUGAAUUGCUACAGGAAUU